ACAUCACUAAGAAGCAGCAGCAGAAGAAGAAGGGGGCUGUGGUGCUGGAGCUGAGCUCAGCUCACAGCUGCUGUAUUGUGAUUUGUUAAAGUGAUCUGUGUACGUUUUAACGAAAGACAUCUAAUGUCAUAGCAGAGAGUAUAUCUGGAUAAAAUGGAGCAUUUUUUACACGUGCAAUUUUCCUCAAAUGUGACUACUAAAGGUGAGAUAAAAAUCUGAACCAUUUCGAUUUGGAAGCAAAGAAGUUAAAAAUAAAGCAAAAAAAUGACUGCUCAGCUCAGGUCAUCGCACACUGUUUUCACAGUGUGUCAGAGCGACUGACCGAGGAAAGAAAUCUAUAUGGAAAGCAAAACAUUGAGCAUUGAGCGUUGAAAACAGGAUUUCACACAAAGAAUAAAUGGCUUUCCUGGAUAACCCAGCUAUUAUUUUGGCCCACAUCAGACAGUCUCAUGUGACUAGUGAUGACACAGGGAUGUGUGAGAUGGUACUAAUCGACCAGGAUGUUGAUCUGGAAAAGUGCCAGUUAGCUUUGGUGCCUGGCAACAGCUGUGGCUCCACAGGGUCUGGCUCCUUGAAUGAGGCAGGCAGCAAUGUGACGGACAAUCAUACCUGUGAUCUCUCACAGUCAAUGGACAUCACCUCCAGCUGGGACUUUGGUAUUCGUCGGCGAUCAAAUACAGCCCAAAGACUUGAAAGACUAAGGAAAGAGAGACAAAACCAAAUCAAGUGUAAAAACAUCCAAUGGAAAGAGAGGACAUCUUCUCAAUCUGUUGAGGAUUUGGGCUCAUUAUUUGAGAAACGUGACUUUAAAGAUCGACCAAGGACAACAGGCACUAAGUCCACACUGUCAUUGCGACUGGAGCAGUGUCCCCAGCAACUCAACAACCCCUUUAACGAAUACUCCAAAUUUGAUGGGAAGGGCCAUAUCGGGACAACAGCUACAAAAAAGAUUGAUGUCUACCUCUCUAUGCAAAUGGGUCAAGACAAGGUUCAUCCGAUGACUGUCGUAACCAUUGCCAAUGCCCGUGUAUAUGAUCUCAUUGGGCUAAUUUGCUGGCAGUACACAAGCGAAGGAAGGGAACCUAAACUCAAUGAGAAUGUGAAUGCCUACUGUCUGCACAUUGCUGAGGAUGAUGGUGAAGUAGACACAGAUUUUCCUCCUCUGGACUCAAAUGAACCCAUCCAUAAGUUUGGUUUUAGCACGUUAGCAUUAGUAGAGAAAUAUUCUUCACCUGGCCUUGCCUCUAGACAGUCUCUGUUCGUUAGAAUAAAUGCUGCUCAUGGCUUCUCUUUAAUACCUGUGGACAGUCUGAAGGUAACCAUGAAUGACAUCCUCCAGAAAGCAUUGAAGAAAAGGAAAGGCUCUCAAAAAGGCUCAGGGCCUAUGUACCGUUUGGAAAAACAGACCGAGCCAAAUGUGGCAGUUGACUUAGACUCCACACUGGAGACUCAGGGUACACUUGAAUUCUGUUUGGUCAGAGAAAACAGUUCCAGGGGAGAAGAGAGCUCAGAGGAGGACCCCCCAAUUGAUAUCACCUCUGUCCAGGACAUGCUUAGUAGUCACCAUUACAAGUCGUUCAAGAUCAGCAUGAUCCACAAGCUGCGGUUUACCACAGAUGUGCAGCUAGGUAUUUCAGGAGAGAAAGUCGAGAUUGAUCCAGUGACCAAUCAGAAAGCCAGCACCAAGUUCUGGAUUAGACAGAAGCCCAUCUCAAUAGACUCAGACCACCUCUGUGCCUGUGAUCUGGUAGAAGAGAGAAGCCCCAGUCAUGCAAUAUUUAAACUCACCUACCUGAGCAAUCAUGACUACAAGCCUCUCUACUUUGAAUCUGAUGCUGCUACUGUCAAUGAAAUAGUGCUAAAGGUGAACUACAUCCUAGAGUCCCGGGCCAGCUCGUCGCGGGCCGAUUACUUUGCCCAAAAACAACGGAAACUGAGCCGCAGGACCAGCUUUAGUUUCCAGAAGGACAAGAAAACUGGACAGUGAUCGAUGCAUCUGUCUGCACAGAGUCAAACACCAGCCUGAAGGUCUGUUUGAGACAACUACAGGCAAAGUCACCUGUAAAGAAGGUUUAAAGCAGUUGGAAAGGCACACUUUUAUACAUGAAGCAAAUGGAUAAAAACGGUGUCUCUGCUAUAGCAGCCUCAGAAUCAGAGAAACUCGAAUCAGUCCUACAACGAAGACAAUAAAACAUACCAAUGUUUGUGAUCGGAGGACUUUUUCACUAGUGUCCAACCUAAUGGAUUUGAACUUUUUGUCCUGUCAGAUCAUGGAUACUUUGGAAACAUGUAAUCAUGUAUUUUUAUUUUUAAUCACAAAGAUUUUACAAUUACAAUAAUGCUAUGAAAUGAAUUUGCCAAGAUUGUUGGAUGUGAUUAAUUUGGUACUGACACAAAGACUUAAGUACAGACAAAGCCGUCACUAUAGUGAUAGCUGUCUGUCAUCACUUAUGGUUUACCUUCGUCUCACUCCUCGUUUCAUUUGGGAACAAGUGGUUGAGCUAGUGCGUGGAUUUGAAGAUCAAUGGUUCAUUAAAAGCCUUAAAACAACCACUAGAGGUUGAUACUGAACAACUAUUUAAGCAUGACUGACUCCAACUAGCUGUGUCAAAGACACAAUGAAAUGUACCUAGCUAAAUUAUGUGAGCUGUUAUGGGGCAUGUUUAUCAAAUCACAAUAAAGAAACGCCAUGGUC